ACAUUUUUGGUAAUAAAGUGAAUAAAUGACAAUUUCUGAAUUUAGGACACCCGAUAUUAGUUUUUAGUUAAGAAAGAAAAUUAUUUGCCUAAUUAUUUUUGUUGAAAGAAGAGAAGAGUAAAGAGAGUCCUAAAUUUCUAGGGUUUUCAUCAAUUUCCCCAAAUCCCCAUUUCAAAAAAAAAAAAUCAAAGAAAAUGAACGAAUUGAUAACAACCCAUAAACGUGAAUCCGAUUCAGAAAACAAAGACGAAAUUUCUGCAUCGAAGAAGUUAAGGGUUGAAUCUUCGAAAGAAAAUGGUUCAAAGGAAGUGACUUUCCUCAUUGAAGCGGAUGCUGCUGAAGAUAAAGGGUUGAGACAGACUAUGGAAGAUGAAUGGGUUGUUCUGAUUGAUGCUGUUAAAGAUUACCCUGGAAAUUUGAGAUGUGCUCACUUUGCAAUUUAUGAUGGGCAUGGGGGCCGGUUAGCUGCAGAGUAUGCUCAAAAGCAUUUGCAUGGGAACGUCCUCGCAUCAGGAUUACCACGUGAGUUGUUGGACGUAAAGACUGCUAAAAGAUCUAUACUUGAUGGUUUUCGUAAAACUGAUGAGUCUCUUCUUCAAGCAAGUGCUGAAGGGGGAUGGCAGGAUGGUGCUACAGCCGUAUGUGUUUGGGUAUUGGGACAAAAAGUUUUUAUCGCAAAUGUAGGAGACGCCAAAGCAGUUUUAGCUCGCUCAACGAUACCUGAUGGAUCCAAAGAUAACUCAGAUGGAGUCCCUGCUCUCAAGGCCAUUGUUUUGACAAGAGAACAUAAACCUAUAUUCCCACAGGAACGUGCACGCAUUCAGAAGGCUGGUGGUAUUGUGAGCUCAAAUGGACGAUUACAAGGGCGUCUUGAAGUAUCUAGGGCUUUUGGAGAUCGCCAGUUCAAAAAGGUGGGACUUGUUGCAACCCCAGACAUCCAUUCUUUUGACCUUACUGAUAGAGAUCGUUUCAUCAUUCUUGGUUGUGAUGGCUUGUGGGGGGUUUGUGUCAGGUAUUUGGUCCCAGUGAUGCUGUUGAUUUUGUUCAGAAGUUAUUGAAAGAGGGACUAUCUGUAACAACUGUGAGCCGCCGUCUUGUAAAGGAAGCUGUUCGUGAGCGCCGCUGCAAAGAUAACUGCACUGCAAUUGUCAUUGUAUUCAAGCAAAAUUAAACCAUCACAUGUGUUAUACUAGCUGGCGUAUCAAUAGAAAUGAGUUUUGUUUUCAAAAUUGUUUUCUAUAAGCAAUUCAUGAAUUUCCAAUCACCGCCAACAAGUGGUAACACUGAACGGAUAGUAAAGUUAUUUGGUUACGGCGUGCUUGCAUGAUUGUUAUAAUUGUAGUACAUGCUGAUGCUGAUGUUGAAGCAGUAGUAGAUUAUUUGAUAUAUAUGAUGAACCUGAGAUUAUUGUGAUCCAUGAUAUGUUAUGCAUGUAUAUGCUACAAUUAGUUAUGUCAAUUGAUAUCUUCAAGUGGA